AUGUCCAAAUCUUUCGUCAUUAUAUGUGUUGUUUUACAUUUCCGCAGUAAUUCUGCUAACAAACGGCACUGCUGUAUUCUAGAAGACUUAAACGUAAUCUACCUGAAAACAUGGGAUUCUGAGUACCACUGGGUUGUUUAUCGACAGAUGCUACGAUAUUUGUUACAGAAUGACAAAACUUUAACAGACGAAAAAGAAUUCGAGUGGACGAUUGUUGGUAACGAGCAGUUGUACAUUGUGGUGGAGAAUUUAAGAAAUUAUCUACAGGACAUAAGCCGAAUAUUGGUAACUUUGAUACUGGUAAUGCAUUUUUUUUUUUGUUUCAGGACGUUAUUGUCUUUAAUAUUCCCGUUCGGAAUCUACAAUGCAAUUUCGAUACAGGCUGGAACUGUUUUCUCGAAGGCUGCUUUAGCUGAAAUUCAAUCUGACGACUGUUCCGGGUGGUUUUUUCCUGCUGCCACCGAAAAAGCCAUCGUCGAAUGCGCGUCAAGAGUGGGUAUUACCAUUAAGGAUCCACGAGAUAAGAAGUCAACUGUUAAAGUAGAUUGUUGCGCAGACGGUGCAAUAUCAUUCGGUAACUUGAACUACAAAGAUAUUCGUUUACUGGAGUAUACCGUCAAUAAAGUGAAAGUUUUUGGACUAUAUCCAUCCCUGGCUUUACGUAACAGAUCAACACCAAAUAGCCACCGCCUGACAACUUGA